CGUUAUCUGUGUUCGGUACAACAAAUCGAAAAAGUACUAUAAAUUAGUCUAUAGGCUUGCACCCUUCCUUCUUACAAAAUCUGUAAAAAAUGGCUGAUAAUAAGUUAUACGAUAUAUUGGGUGUUUCUAGGAAUGCUAGUGAUGCAGAAAUAAAAAGGAGCUACCACAAGUUGGCGAAGGAAUUCCAUCCCGACAAAAAUCCUGCUGCAGGUGAUAAAUUCAAAGAAAUUAGCUUUGCCUACGAAGCGUUAUCGGACCCCAAGAAAAGACAAACGUACGAUAAGUAUGGGCUUAAAGGUUUGCAAGAAGGUGGACAAGGUGGCGGUUUUCCCCCCGACGAUAUCCUGGGCCACUUUUUUGGAGACAUCUUCGGCAUGGGUGGAGGCAGCAGAGGCCGUCAGCGCGCUCGCGGCGAGGAUACCAUACAUCCGUUGAAAGUGACUCUAGAAGACAUGUACAAUGGCAAAACAACCAAGUUACAACUAAGUAAAAAUGUGAUUUGUGGCCCGUGUAAAGGCAUAGGUGGGAAGCCAGGAGCUGUUGUGUCUUGCAAGGACUGCCAUGGACAGGGUAUCAAAAUUUCUUAUCAACAGAUAGGGCCCAACAUGACUCGCCAAUUUCAAACCCGUUGCCCGACAUGCCAAGGACAAGGUGAAACAAUUAAUGAGAAAGAUAAGUGCCCUAAGUGCAAAGGUAAGAAAGUCUUAAACGAGACCAAGAUACUGGAAGUUCAUGUAGAUAAAGGCAUGCGGGAAAAUCAGAAAAUAUACUUCAGGGGUGAAGGAGAUCAGCAGCCUGACACACAACCUGGAGAUGUGGUAAUCAUACUGCAGCAGAAAACUCAUGAUGUGUUUCAAAGGACAGGUGAUGAUCUUUUGAUGAAACGUGAAAUCACACUAACUGAGGCUUUGUGUGGUUUUGAGUUUGUUGUCAAGCACUUAGAUGGCCGUGACCUGCUCAUAAGACACUUUACUGGAGAAGUAGUUAAGCCUGGAGAUCUCAAGGGAAUCCAAGGUGAAGGGAUGCCUCUGUUCAAAAAUCCAUUUGAGAAGGGGAAUUUAUAUGUGAAGUUUGAUGUUGUUUUCCCUGAUAAUAACUUUGCUUCGGAAGAGCAGUUAAAACAGAUUGAAAGUAUAUUACCACCUCGACCCGCAUUUGUAAUGCCCACUGGUGAGGAUGUGGAGGAAGUGAACUUGAUGGAGUACACAGCCAAUGAUCGCAACCGUGGGGGCCGUGAGGAGGCAUAUGCCAGUGACGAUGAGGAGCACAUGCAUGCAGGUCCAGGAGUGCAAUGUGCCCAUCAGUAGUUCAAUUAUCCUUAUGGAUUUCUACACUGACCUCAUGGUUUUUUUAUAGGUAGUUUAAUAUUUCUAAACAUUCUUUGCAUUAGUUCCGAAUGCUAGAUAUUUUUACAUUAAUGAAUGCAAUAAUUUGUAAUGUGACUAGUUGCAAUUGUAAAUUUUAUAGUGAGUCACAAUUAAAUCAUAUACUGUUUAUCACAAAGUCACAUGAAAUGCAAUAAUAAAGUAGCCUUAAAUUUGUGUUAAUAAAACAGGUGUUUUUUUA